AUCUUGCAAGUCCACGUCUCCAGCUGCCAUCAUGGCUUCAGUCCUAGUCCCCGUUCUAUACGUCGGAAUAGUUGUUUCAAGUUUAUUACUCUUCAGUCAUUUUUACAGAAAACGCAGUGCAGGCAAGCUAUACGAACCAUACUUUUCUUCACAUCCAGAACGCGAUGUCUACGUUUCUUUACUGCAGAAGACAGACCCUCCAGCUCAUGAAGCCCUUCUUAAAGCUGCUCUUGUUCGCCGUGCAAUGACAGACGUUUCUCGCGUGGUUAGACUCCGUGAAGACAAGCCCGCUCUACAAAAUCUUCUGCAGAAAGGCUCAAUUGGCGACGACCUCUGGAACAGUCUCCUACAAGCAGAGAAAGAGCUGGAAGCAGAAAUAAUGGAGGUCGUCGCAGAAGCUAAUACCUUUGUUGAGGGAUGGGGAACCAUAAUAUUCCAGUCAGCCGGUGAGAUGAUCGCGAAUGAGAAGAUGCGUACUGUCUACGAAGAGACUCCAGCAUCUAGAGAAUUGAAAGAACAAAAGUAUGGAAAAGUAGGAGCCAAGAUCGACCUCCCCCUACCCCAGCCAGUCCUCAUGCCCGGGCCACCGCCACCUGGUCACCCUGCUCAUGCUGCUGCGCUCGCGGCAGCUGCAGCUGGAGGUGCUCCAAAUUCUGCUCCUGGAACUCCUGUUAAGCCUUCAAAUAAUCUUAUGCUACCUCGCGCUACUAGUACAAAGGCAGAGAGCGUGGUGUCAAGCGAUGGUGAGAGCCACGAUACCCCAUCUUCAAAAUCCUCCAAGAAGAAGGGUAAGAAACGGAAGUAGUCCCUAGCACACGUUCAUACAUACCUUGUCUAUUUCAUGCAAUACACAUGUCUUGCUGAAAGUCGAUUGUCGAU